AUGCCCACAGUUACCUUUGUUACCGGUAAUCCAAAGAAACUGGAAGAGGUGGUUGCAAUUCUUUCAGAUGGGAGUCCCCAAUCUGUAGAUGGUGGCUCAAAGGUAGGAAAUUACAUUAUAAAAAACGAAAAGCUGGAUCUGGAUGAAAUUCAGGGAUCCAUUGAGGAAGUCACCAUCCAUAAAGCCAAGCAGGCAGCUAAACUACUAGGAGCUCCCGUUAUAGUAGAGGAUACUUGUUUGGGAUUCAAUGCUUUGAACAACCUCCCUGGACCAUAUAUCAAAUGGUUCCAUCAAAAACUGGGGCUAGAUGGUUUGAACAAGCUUUUAUAUGGAUUUGAGGAUAAAUCAGCCAAUGCGAUUACGACCUUCGGUUACUGUGAGGGCCCUGAUGCGGAUGUCAAACUAUUCCAAGGAGUCACUACUGGUGAGAUUGUUCCCUCUAGGGGCCCUCAGGAUUUCGGUUUUGAUUCCAUUUUCGAGCCUCAUGGAAUGGGAAAAACAUAUGCUGAGCUACGAGGUCCUCAAAAAAACAGAAUAAGCCACAGAUCCAAAGCUCUAGCAAAGCUGAAAGAGUUUUUGCUUAGCCAGUAG